AUGUUUUAUCGAGUGUUCAAGGAGCUCGGCCUGGAAGAUGGACAGCUAACUCCUGUGCGGACACCUCUGGUAGGCUUUACGGGACCACCCAUCAACCCGGAGGGGAUGAUCAUCCUGAUGGUCACAGUAGGUCAGGCACCCAGAUGCCGGACCAUCCCUGUCAACUUUGUGGUGGUCAAGCAGCCGUCCCCGUACAACAUAUUUCUAGGUCGGCCCGAUUUGAACUCCCUCCGAGCCAUUCCUUCAACGCUCCACCUCAGCGUCAAAUUCCACACCCCGGGAGGAGUUGCCGAGGUGCAUGGAGGUCCGGAGGUGGCCCGAACUUGCUAUCUAGCCAUGCUCCGGGGACACGAGAAGGUGGUCGCUCAGGCGACCAGCUUGGAGCCUUACAUCCCGGGCGAGGAGGAACGGCAGCUGGGCACUCCGGAUGAGAUCGAGGAGUUCCCACUGAAGGAGGAUAGGCCCGAUCAGGUAAUCCGCAUCGGUGCGUUGCCACCGCCCAAGGAGAAGGAUGACCUGAAGUCCCUCCUAAGGGAGUACGCCCAGGUUUUCGCCUGGACGGUGGAGGAUAUGCCCGGAAUUCCGACCGACCUGGUCGUUCACCACCUCAACAUAGACCCCCGUUUCAAGCCAGUAAAGCAGAAAAAGAGGAAUUUCGCUCCGGAGAGGAACGAGGUCAUCAGGAAGGAGGUCGGAAAGCUGCUGGAAUCCACGAUCAUCAUGGAGGUCUACUACCCGACCUGGCUGGCCAACCCUGUUCUGGUGAAGAAGGAGGACCAGUUCUGGAGGAUGUGCGUCGACUUUACAGAUCUCAAUAAAGCCUGCCCGAAGGACUGCUUCCCCUUGCCGAGAAUCGACAGGUUAGUAGAUGCUACUGUCGGUUUUGAUGUUUUGUGUUUCCUGAAUGCUUUUAAGGGAUACCACCAGAUAGAGAUGGCUGAGGAGGACCGGGAGAAGACUUCCUUCAUCACUUAG